AAUUACUUCUGGAGUUUUCUAGGAAAUUGAUAAUAUGGAGAUCUAGAAAGAACAUCCAAAUUAAAAAUUAACGACUAAAGAAGAAGAAGAAGAGGAGGUGGAAGAAGAAGAGGAGAAAGAAGCAGCAGCUGCCAAAAUACUAUAUCUACUUGGAAAUAAUAUUUUUCUAAAUAAUUCCUGGGUUGAAGAAGUUACAAUUAUAAUUACACAUCAUUUAGAAAUGAACAAGAGUCCUACAUAUCAAAAACUAGUGGAGUUUUGCUAAAGCAGUACCCAAAGGAAAAUUUGAAAGCAGGAAGAUUGCAAAUCAAGCUAGAGGAAGAAUAACAUUACAGUGUUUCUGCCAACUUUGCACAAAAGAUAAUUUUACUUGUGUCACAGAUGGGCUCUGCUUUGUCUCUGUCACAGAGACCACAGAUAAAAUUAUACACAAUAGCAUGUGUAUAGCUGAAAUUGACCUAAUUCCUCGAGAUAGGCCAUUUGUAUGUGCACCGUCUUCAAAAAUGGGGUCUGUUACUACAACAUACUGCUGCAGUCAGGACCACUGCAAUAAAAUAAAACUCCCAACUGGCGGCCCUUUUUCAGGAAAGCCAUCACCUGGCCUUGGUCCUGUUGAACUGGCAGCUGUCAUUGCUGGACCAGUCUGCUUUGUCUGCAUCUCACUCAUGUUGAUGGUGUAUAUCUGCCAUAACCGUACUGUCAUUCACCAUCGUGUGCCAAAUGAAGAAGAUCCUUCAUUAGAUCGCCCUUUUAUUUCAGAGGGUACUACAUUAAAAGAUUUAAUUUAUGAUAUGACAACAUCAGGUUCUGGAUCAGGUUUACCAUUGCUUGUUCAGAGGACAAUUGCUAGAACUAUUGUGUUACAAGAAAGUAUUGGCAAAGGUCGAUUUGGAGAAGUUUGGCGAGGAAAGUGGAGAGGAGAAGAAGUUGCUGUUAAAAUAUUCUCCUCUAGAGAAGAACGCUCAUGGUUCCGUGAGGCAGAGAUUUAUCAAACUGUAAUGUUACGUCAUGAAAACAUCUUGGGAUUUAUAGCAGCAGACAAUAAAGACAAUGGUACAUGGACUCAGCUCUGGUUGGUGUCAGAUUAUCAUGAGCAUGGAUCCCUUUUUGAUUAUUUGAAUAGAUACACAGUCACUGUGGAAGGAAUGAUAAAACUCGCUCUGUCCACAGCAAGUGGACUUGCUCAUCUUCACAUGGAGAUUGUUGGUACCCAAGGAAAACCAGCCAUUGCUCAUAGAGAUUUGAAAUCAAAGAAUAUCUUGGUAAAGAAGAAUGGAACUUGCUGUAUUGCAGACUUGGGACUGGCAGUAAGACAUGAUUCAGCCACAGAUACAAUUGAUAUUGCUCCAAACCACAGAGUGGGAACAAAAAGGUACAUGGCCCCUGAAGUUCUAGAUGAUUCCAUAAAUAUGAAACACUUCGAAUCCUUCAAACGUGCUGACAUCUAUGCAAUGGGCUUAGUAUUCUGGGAAAUAGCUCGACGAUGUUCCAUUGGUGGAAUUCAUGAAGAUUACCAGCUGCCUUAUUAUGAUCUUGUACCUUCUGAUCCAUCAGUUGAAGAAAUGAGAAAAGUUGUUUGUGAACAGAAGUUACGGCCAAAUAUUCCAAACAGAUGGCAGAGCUGUGAAGCCUUGAGAGUAAUGGCUAAAAUUAUGAGAGAAUGUUGGUAUGCCAAUGGAGCAGCUAGGCUUACAGCUUUGCGGAUUAAGAAAACAUUGUCACAACUCAGUCAACAGGAAGGCAUCAAAAUGUAAUUCUGCAGCUUUGCCUGAACUCCACUUUUUCUUCAGCUCCGCUCCUGGGUUUUAAUUUGGGAGGUCAAUUGUUCUACCUCACUGAGAGGGAACAGAAGGAUAUUGCUUCCUUUUGCAACAGUAUAAUAAGGUCAAUUAAAACCUUCCCAGGAUUUUUUUGGACCCAGGAAACAGCCAUGUGGGUCCUUUCUGUGCACUAUGAACGCUUCUUUCCCAGGACAGUUACAAAAUGUUGUGUAGUCUACCUUUAUUUUUUAUUAAUACAAAAUGUGCUUUUUUUUUUUUUUUUUUGAUGAUUGCUGGUCUUAACUUUAGGUAACUCUGCUGUGUUGAAGAUCAUCAUUAAGGGUAAAGGAGCUGGAUUGCUGAGUUAUAUAAACAUUUCUUAUUUUUAAAGAAAGUGAUUUAUUCCUGGUUAGUACAUUCUCAGAGGAUUCUGAACCACUAAAGAGUUUCCUUGAUUCAGACUUUGAAUGUACUGUUCUAUAAUUUUCAGGAUCUUAAAACUAACACUUAUAAAACUCUUGAGUCUAAAAAUGACCUCAUAUGGUAGUGAGGAACAUAAUUUAUGCAAUCGUAUUUUGUAUACUAUUAUUGUUCUUUCACAUAUUCAGAACAUUACAUGCCUUCAAAAUGGGAUUGUACUAUACCAGUAAGUGCCACUUCUGUGUCUUUCUAAUGGAAAUUAGUAGAAUUGCUUAAAGUCUGUGUACGUUAAAACUUAAGAGUGUUUUAAUUCAAAAAGUUUAUCUGGGUAACCCAGACUUUUUCAGUUUCAUUUUUUGGAAGAGUUUUUGUGCUAUGUCAUUUGCUAUUCCAUUUUGAAAAUACCUUUCUCCUACCAGAAUGUGCUUAAACCACUAACGAAUUGAAGUGGCAUUAAUUGGUCAAUUGUUAUCAUGGUCAUGUUUGAAUAGUCUCACAUUAAGUUUUUACAUUUUAGUUGUGUUGUCUGAAGAUACUUUAAAAAACAUCAAGUAGCGCUCUAGAUGCUUAUAGUACUUUAAUAAUUUAAAAUUUGUAGCAUACAGACUAAUUUUUCUAAAAGGGAAAAUUUGUCUAGCUACUUGUGAAAUUUGUGUGGCAUUCUGUAAGCUAUUUUGUUCUUUAUCUGAUCAAAGACAGUGUUAUUUUUUUAAGAAAUGAAUUACAUUUAAAGUUAGAAUUAUGGUUAAUGUUAAAUAAUAGGCCUUUUUCUAGGAAAGUAAGGGUAGUUCAUUUGAGUGGAUAACAGGUAUACAAGAGUCAAAUUCGUUACGUUAGGAGUCAUUGUUCGAUGGGUUUUCUGUCUUUGUAACUAAAGUUAGAGUUAGUGUGGUUUUGAAGUCUCACUACACUUUGAGGAAGGCAGCUUUUAACUCAGUCUUUCCUUCUGUGUGCAGAUAUUUUAACUGCUUAAUUUACAUGGUUAUGUAAUGAAUUCACUGUAUUGUUGAGUUUGGGAGAGUGGUAGCUAAAGCAUAUUCUGAAUAUAGGUUCUCUAUUUACAAAUGUUUUUGGUCAAAUGUUUUAAGUAAGCUUGUCAUAGUCUUCUCAUAUUAAGUUGAAACUGGCUUAUAACAACUAGUUUUUACUUCUAGUGCUAAAAGUCUUUGUAGGGCUUUUACAAUUUUCAAGUUCUCUUUAUCACUGUGAUCUGAUUCUGAGAGGUGGGGAUACUAUCCUAGCUGUGAGGCAAGACACUGACUUUAUAGUGCUAUCGAUUUCCCAAUGAAAAUGUCAGAAUAACCUCUAUAGUAUUUUGGUCAAUAAGAAAUUGUGGCCAUUUACACAGAGCUGCAUUCUGAUAUGUCUUAUAUACAUAGAGUAAAUUUGAAAGACUAUUUGAUCUUAAAGCCAAAGUAAUUUUAGAAUGAAUGACAUAUUACAUAAGAAUUUAGUGUCAAUUUCAUGUGCUUAAAAACAUCAUGGGGAAAAUGUGCUUAGAGGUUAAUAUUUUGAUUCCAAAUUUGAGUUUUUUCUGUAGUUACCAUGAUUUUAUCAAAGCAAAUGAAUGAGUUUGAGAGGUCUGUUUUUAUAAUUGGAUUUCCUGUUUAAUAAAGCUCUGUGAUCAGGUACUUUUUUUUUUUUUUUCCAUUUCUAAGCCUACUAGAUCUGCUUUAUGAAAUCCAGGGACCAAUGCAUUUUAUCACUAAAACUAUCUUUAUGUAAUUUUAAGGACAUACCAAAAGUUCUUGUCUGAUUUAGAGUUGUGAUAUAUGAUUUCUCACUUUCAUAUAAGGUAAUCAACUUUUGCUGAAGAUACUCUUUAUUAAAUCAAAGAUUGAGUUACGUUAUACCUGUUCUUGCCUAAGUAGUUAAAAAUGUACUUUCGAUGAAUCAGGGAAUUUUUUAAAAGUUGGAAUUUAGUUCAAAUUGAAUUUGCAUAUUACUGCAGCUAAUUCCUUUUUAGGCUAACAGCAGUUUGAUAAACCCCAACUGGCUAAUAUUAAACAUGAAAGCAAUUUAAAGGAUGAAAUAGACCAAGUGCAGCUAAAUUCGACUAGAGUAGUAAUUUUGUCAUUAGAAACACAAGCCUCUGUUUAUACUGCCUGUCUUCACAUGCUCACCUAAGAUUCAACUUGGCUAAAAUAUAUCUUCAAGCAAAUUACCUGUCCACAUCUAUUUUGUCAAUACCCAGGAGAUACGGGGACGGGGAGGUAUGACCUAGUGGGGCGCAGACAUCCCUGGUCCUUCCUUUAAUAACUUCAGCUCCGUUUCUCCCAGCCUGCCUUCCUGCUGGUCCCUGACUCAGAUACCAUGGCCUUACCACCUCCCUUCUCCUUUCCCCUCCCCCAGCAGCCUUUUGACUGAAUAGCUGCUUUUGAUAUCUAGAGCAAAAUGGUUGAUGGAAGCUUUGGUACAUACUCUCCUUUCCUUGAGUCAUUAGAUAUCGCUGAGAGGGUUCUCCAAGUUUGGAGAUUGGGUAGAUGAUGGCCCUGCUGGAUGCGCUACUUUGACUUCAGCCUUGACCAAGGAGUGGCAGCUAUGGCAAUGGGAGUCGUGCCAAAAGCAGCAUAGCCAUUAUGUUCCCUAUAGGACAGGGUAAGGCCCAAAGAGCUAAGCCUGUAAUUCUGCUGUAAUGAUAGUGCUCAAGAAGUGCCUUGAGUCGGUGUACAGUGCCAUGGCCGUCAAGAUUUUCAAAUUUCAGUACUAAUUACAAGAUUUAAGUGGUUACUUGGCCAUUUUGGAGCUUGUGCCUGAGUUACUAUUUUUUUUUUCCUUUACAUCUGAGAACUGUCACAUAGAAUAUUUUGUAAAACGUGGCAAAGUGAUAAUUAAUAUGCAUAGGAAAAUCAGUAUCCCAUUAGACAUGUCAUAUCAGGAGUUUAUUUUUAUCCUUGCACUAAAAGAGUGAUUGUAGAUGAGCUAUUUUCUUUUGUUCCUUGACCGUGGCGGUGUUCUGGCUCCAGAGGAGGGGAUUCUGAAUAGCGGUUCUGUUACAACUUGGCAGAAAGUGCCGAUUCAGAUAUUGUUGAGACCCUAAAGAACAUUCUGGAACCUAUACUGUAGUUCUGGUGUCUGUUUUGGGGUGCCGGAACACACGUGGGCCCUCUGUCUAGGAAUGCUGGACUUCUAGGACAUUUUGAGGAUUGUCAGUACAUUUACACUUUUCAAUCCCAUUAUGCAAUCCUAUUGUAAUUGUAAACUUUAAAAAAUGUGGUUAAUAACAUUCAACCUGUUUCUUAAAGCUUAGGAAGAACUUCAGUGAACUUGUUUUUAUUUUUUUAACAAGAUUUGUGAAUUGAAUAUCAUGAACCAUGUUUUGAUAUCCCUUUUUCACAUCGUGCCAAUGGAAUGGGGUGUUUGAUAUUUCUUUAAAUGUCAAGGAGAUGCUUCAAAAUGUCAAUUGCUUUAAACUUAAAUUACCUCUCAAGAGACCAAGGUACAUUUACCUCAUUGUAUAUAUAUGUUUAAUAUUUGUCAGAGCAUUCUCCAGGUUUGCAGUUUUAUUUCUAUAAAGUAUGAGUAUUAUGUUGCUAAAUUACUCAAAUGGUACUGUAUUGUUUAUAUUUGUACCCCAAAUAACAUCACCUAUACUUUCUGUUUUCUGUAUUUUAUUGUAUUUGUGCAGAAUUCUUUUGGCUUUAUCAGUGUAAUCUCUGCCCUUUCAGAUGUGUACAGAAAAUGUCCAUAUAAAUUUUUGUUUAAGUUGAAUGAUUCUGAGAAACCUGUAAAGAGGAGAGGAAAACAACUGCAGUUCCCCAUGUUUUUAAAAACUGUAUAUUGUAUUUGUAGUAAUAUUCUGAAUGAACUGUAAAUAGGAAGUAGAAGAGUGAUACUUAUGUCAAGUCCUAACACUACAGUAGAAAAAUGGAAACAAUGCAAAUAAAUUACUUUUUUCCCCAA